UACUUUCACAAGCCCUGCCCCUUUGUUUGCUUGUUAGCCGCUAACGCUAGGAGAAGAGAUGGCUGAAUAUUCAAAUGUAAAAUCAACUAAGUUGGUUUUGAAAGGUCUGAACAAAGGAAAAAAGAAGAAAAACAAGGAUAAAAAGAGGAAAGCUGCAGAUGAAGGAGACAAACUUGAUGUUAUUGGUGGUUGGUGGUGUGUCAGUAGUUUUGGAGACAUCACAGGGACAGUUGCAAUAGAAAUGCAGAACAACUCGUACAUCCAUGCCUUAGAUACUGGCCUCUUCACGCUGGGUGCGCCACACAAAGAUGAUGAAGGACCAGACCCCCCAGAACAGUUUUCUGCCAUCAAGCUCUCAGACUCACGGAUGGCUUUAAAAUCUGGAUAUGGAAAGUACCUUGGCAUCAACUCUGAGGGUUUGGUGGUGGGGCGCUCUGAUGCCAUUGGCUCAAGAGAACAAUGGGAACCAGUCUUCCAGGAUGGUAAAAUGGCUCUCAUGGCAGCAAAUAGCUGCUUCAUCUCCUACAGUGACAAUGGGGACAUUGUGGCCGAAAGCAAGACAGCGGGGGACAGCGAGAUGCUAAAGAUCCGAACAAACACAGAACGAGAGGCCAAGCGUAAAGAUGAUAUUGCAGAUGAAGACAGGGGCAACGUGAAAUCCUGCGAGAUCAAUUAUGUGAAGAAGUUUCAGAGCUUUCAGGACAGGAGGCUGAGGGUUAAUGAGGAAGACUCUGUGACCCUGAAGAAAGCCAGGACAGAUGGGAAAUUCCACGAAGCUUUGCUCGACAGGAGAAGCAAAAUGAAAGCAGACAGGUACUGCAAAUGAAGCCUCGGUGGACAACUGCUCAGUUUGAUUAAUGUUUUCAUUUUGUAGAUGUGAUUAUUUGAAAUGGCUGUUUUACUUUUUAUAUAUAUUCAAUAAACCCUUUAUGGUUAAACUAG